AUGGCUAAUUUCACGACAAGUGGGUUUCUCCUUAUAGGAUUUUCUACCAAGCCUGAGCUACAAAUCUUCUAUGCUUGUCUGUUCCUCGUUCUCUACUUGUUGGCUUUCGCUGGCAACAUGCUCAUCAUCACCACCACGUCCCUGGAUGACAGUCUCCAGUCCCCCAUGUAUUUCUUCCUGAAGCAUCUCUCCUUUCUGGAUCUCUGCUACAUUUCUGUGACUGUCCCAAGGUUCAUCUACAACUCUUUCUUGCAUAGAGGAGACAUUUCCUUCUGGGAAUGUGUUUUUCAGUGUUUUGUGUUGACCCUCUGUGCAGGUGCAGAGAUGGCCAUGCUCACAUUGAUGUCCUAUGACCGUUACGUGGCCAUCUGUCUUCCCUUGCGCUAUGACAUCAUCAUGGAUAUCAGAACCUGUGUCCAUGGAGUUUUUAGCGUCUGGGUGAGUGGGGCCAUCUGUGGAGUCAUGCAUACGGCAGCUACUUUCUCCAUCCACUUCUGUGGCCCCCGCAUAGUUCACCAGUUCUUCUGUGACAUCCCCCAGCUCCUGAAACUCUCCUGCUCCAAUGACUAUAUCAGUGAGGUGGGUGUCUCUGCAUUCCUGGCUUUUGUGGCAUUUCUUUGUUUUACCUUUAUUGUAUUUUCCUACAUUCACAUAUUCUCUUCGGUGCUGAGGAUGCCAUCUGCUGAGGGCAGAGCCAAGGCCUUUUCCACUUGCCUUCCCCACCUUGCUGUUGUCAUAUUGUUUCUUUUUACAUGUGCUUUUGAGUACUUCAAACCUCAUUCAGACUCUUCAACUGUGUCAGACAUUUUGCUCACUAUUAUGUAUGCAGUAGUUCCACCAACAUUCAAUCCAAUGAUCUAUAGCCUGAGAAAUAAAGCCGUUAAGUCAGCUGUAGAAACAUCUUUAAGAAAAAUAAAGCAUAUUUGUGUGAUGACCUUUAUGUAUUCUUUCUUGGGAGAGAAUUUCAAAUUCUAUGGGCAAUCUUGA